AUGUCGCGCGUUUUCUCGACGGCGGGUCGCGCGCCGACGGUCGUGUGUGUGCGUGGUAGUCGGUCUCCCGCGAGGCGCCAGCGAACCAGCGGCGCCGCCAGCCUGCGUCCGAGCGGAGCUAUUCACGGAGCUACGGCCGGCGGACAUGGAGGGCUGAAGGGCCCGGCGCGGGGCCUGCCCCCAGGAGACAGAGGCAUGCUCAAGUGGCUGGCCGGCGGCGCGCGCCCCAGGAGCCCGCUGGCAGACGUCGUCACCGACGACCCGCUCGCCGCAGUGCGCGCUCACACGGCGCCCGCCCAGCGCCGCCCGCUCGAGAUAUACGCCGUCAGCAGGGUGAACCCGCUGUUCGACGAUGAGGUGUCGCCGCGGAAGCCAGCGUCGCGGGCCGAGGACAGCGACUCGCCCAACAACAGCAACAACCACAACAACAGGUCCAGCAGCUCGGGCUACGGCAGCCCGCGCUACCACUCGUCCUCCGACUACAGCAGCGGCACGGAGGAGAUCAACGGCCAGCGCGUGUACGUGGGCGGCCGCGCGAGCGCGCUGCGCCCCGACGCGCUCACGGUGCUCGAGCAGAACGUGGCCUUCGUGAGGGGCAUCCUGGUGGCGGCGGGCCGGCGCCGGCGGCGGGGCGACGACCCCGCGGCGCUGUCGCCCAUCCCGGAGGGCCUGCUCGACCUGGCGGCCAUCCCGCGGCCCGUGUGGCCGCGCCGCCCCCGCAGGCCCGCGGAGCCCGCCGCCUCCGCGCCGCCGGACCAGGUCCUCCGGGAGCUCUCGGACACGCUCGGUCGCAGCCUCGACGCCCUCCGCGGGGAGGCACCGCCCCCGCCCCCGGCGGCCGAAGACGUCCUCCGCGAGCUGUCCGUCACGCUGAGCCGCGGCCUGGACGCCCUCCGGGAGAAGGCCUCGCCGCCGCCGACGGAGGAGGUGCUCCGGGAGCUGUCGGACAAGCUCGGCCGCGGCCUGGCCUCGCCGCCCGCCUCCCCCUCGCCGCCGCCGCCGCCGCCGGAGGAGGUCCUGCGCGGGUCGCACCGCGGGCCGCCGCCCAAGGAGAGCGACGACGACACCCAGCCGCGUGAGUCCUCGUCGGCGACGGAGACGACCUCGUCGUCGCGCGCCAGCAGCAGCGGCUACUCGGACGCGGCGCCGCUGUACGGCAGACGGCCGCCGCCCCGGGCGCGCGUGGCGGACGGCGACUGCAGCCUGUGGACCACGUACGUGGGCGCCGGCGUGGUGGCGGGCGACGUGCGGCUCAAGGCGGACACCAAGUGCUACUACCCGUCGCUGCACCGGCCCGACUUCACGCUCGACAAGCACAGCGCCGAGCGCCUCAUGCGCCGCAUCAAGUCUGCGAAGCGACGCCGCUGCUGGUGCCGCGUCGUCACCUCGUUCCUGGGCCUGCUGUUCUUCCUGCUGGCCGUCAUGGUGGUCAGCCUGCUGCUGACCAGAGGGGAGCGCCUGUUCGGCUCGCUGUGACUCGCGACGUCGGGCCAUUCCUUCCCAUUCGCGACGUCGGCACUGGCGUGGCUGGUCGUCCUCCUGUCGUCAAGAUGUAACCACCUACCCUCUCUUGCAAUGUUCCUCGUUGCAACCUCCUCAUUCGAGAAGUCGGUACUGUUGCGGCGAUUUUUCCUCUUCCUCGGCUAGAUGUAAUCCCCUCUCCAAGAAAGUUCAUUCCUUUGUCCCCUCUUUUGCGACGUCACUAAUGGCGUGACUGUUCCUACUGCUGCUGACAAGAUAGAAGCUACUCCCCGGCUAGAUGUUAACAUCGCCCGCCCCUCUCUUGCAACAUUCCUCACUUCCCCCUACCAGGUAACGUCAGUAAUGGCGUGGCUGUUCUUCCUGCUGCUGACAAUGAGGUGUGGCGGUCUUUUGAUCGGUGUGACCUUCUUCCCUCCUUCCCUCUUCCGGAAUGUUCCCCAUUUUCCUCUUCAAAGACACCGCUGCUGGGUCAGCUGUUCUGCCUGUUGAUGCCGAGGGGGCGACUCUUCCGUCUCGCUGUGACCUUGAACUUACGAGGUUCUUACCUUCGCGACAUCGUCGCUACCGUUAUCAGCGUUGAACCACGAGCCCUUCCCCUCAGCAAGUCAGUAGCCCUAGCAACAUAUAUGUACACUUCUGUAAGCUUGAGACAAGCACUACUUCAUAAAUCCCAUGUGUGCUUCCUCUUGAUUUAGGCUGAGUGCACACACUUCCUAGUUCGGUACUUAAUUCCGUGCACAUAUUUGGGAUUGAGAUCUUUUGCAAUUAUUUUUAUCGUAGGAAUAAUGAAGUUUGAGGGUGCUACACAUAUUGUUUAAAAUCCGCGUGGUCUUUUUUUCUAUGUUGUAAAAAAGAUAUAGUUAUGUAUAAAUUUUUUGUUUCCAUUUCAAGGGGGAAAAUGGUUCUAGAUGCUCUCAACCCUCCCAGUAUGUUUAUGUAGAGAAACUUAUCAUCUGAGAAUAAGGUACCACAGAAUAUGUGACAAAUGACGCUGUUAUAAACUAUGAGGUAGAAUGCUCUGUAUGAGAUCAUUUUGUUGCUAGUACUGAAUUUUAAUUUACUACUACCGUGUUAGCAUAUUACAGAACUGUUCUGAAGUUUUUUCUCUGCUCAUUUGUUAUCAGCGUAGAUCAAAAUAUUUGUUAUUGAAAGUUUUAGCAACGUUUUGGUGCACCCACAAUUAGUAUUCUUAGCAUCGUACUGAUUUUCCAUAGUUGAAACACAAGAGAGCAUUAUGCACGAGGGCUAUAGUGUUGUUUCAAGAAAUUUAUUAAAUUAAAUAUUUUAGAAAUUUUAAUAGCAGACAGUAAAAUCAUAAAUACAAUUUUUAUAUUUUCUGGCCUAUAUUUUAUUGGAUAAUAUUUAUAUCAUAAGCGCAAUUCAUGUUUUGAAAUUCAAUCUUGCUAAUUGUUUUCAUAGAUUUUGUGAUGCUGAAUUACGGAUGAAAAUGUCUAGAGAACUGGGAAUGUGUAGUCUGUGUGGAUUAGAAAUACAGUAAAAAAUAUCGAAGAUGGUCGUUUAUUUUUCGGCAGAGGUAGUGAAAUUAUAUGUUUUGAUUUUGUAAGAAGAUUUAAACUUGUGCUACUUAAAUUUUUUUAACUUCCAUUCGUUUCGGCCAAUGAAAGGCAAGUGCAGGAUUUAAAUACUGGUUUUUAUAAUUUAAGAAGACGAUAUCAAAGUAAUCAGAAACUAGCGAAGUUCCUGAGCCUGUAAAAUACAUUAAUAAAAGAACAAAGUUUAUACAUCAAUUAAUGUUACCUUAAAAAUAAGCUACAUAGUAAUCUUGAUAAUUGAGUAACAAAACUGGAAAUCUGAUGAUAACUCGAAGAAAUUUGUCUUUACAAAAGUUUGGAAAAUUUAAAUAAAAUUUUUAAACGCUAUUUUGCUACCUCUGCACUAUACUUAGCCAUUUAUGAAUGUGAUUCUGAACAGCUUUAAAUGUCAACUUAAUUUGGAGCAAAACUGUGACACAUAGUACUGUCUUAGAUAAUAUGCCGAAUAGUUUAAACUGUGUGGUCAUCUAUUUGCGCAAUUUAAUUUGAAAAUGUUUUUUAGAAUGGUUUUGACCAAAAAGAAGAUAAACUUCGAAGAGUCCAAACUCCCAUUUUCCCCAUAAAGUAGAUAUUUUACCUCGAUUUUUUGAAAUUAAUAAUUACAGACACUAGUAUCUCGGUCGCAGUCACAAAAGUGUGUUCGCAAGUUUAUUUUACUAAAACCAUUUUCUACAAUUUGGUUGUUAUAUUCGUGCUGCAAUAAUUUCAAAUUGUGUCUGAACUAAAAAUUGGAAAAUAGAACCGACACGUGUCAAUCCACCGUCUCCAAUUGCACGAGCAUGACCUUAAACUAUGUUCAAACAUUAACAACUUGGGGAGCUGAUGCAAAGUCGUACUAAGCCACGGCCCCCCCUUUUUUUGAGGGUUAAUAAUAUGUUACAUUGACCAGGAAGAAUUAUGAAUCUGUCUUCUUGCAGCACAUUGUAGGACUUAUUUGGCAAUCAAAUAAAGAAAUACUUUUCAAUGAAAAAUACAAAAAGAAAUGUUGCGCAGUUUGGUGACAGAUGGACUACUGAAACCGCAAUAGAAGGUUAGAGUGUCUUGUGUUCAAAAGGACAGGUCGCUGACGGGACCCCAACUGAUAGUGCUGUCACUGGCUCGACGCACGCGUAUGUAGAAGCAACGGAACAUCCGCAGUGAGUCGCUCCGCGAUUGGCUGGGACCUGUGUUUCUGACCCGCUUCCGGAGGAGAGAACCGAUCGCGGCAUGGACCGUCAACAGUUCCUCACUCUUUAGUUGCGGUCGAACGGCGCGGUCGCCUUCGCUCCAUGCUAAGAUGGCGUGCUGGAACACGGCUGGGCUUAGGUAGUCCUCACUGAACCGAUGGCAGACCAUUCAUGCCAGCUGCUAAGGCAUAGUGUGAAAUGCCAGGACCAGCCACUGGCGCAUUGUGUGAUGACUUUUCUUUACAUACAUGUCAAUCCUACAAAUUGUCUUGUGGUCCUCGAUAUUUUGCAAAUAUAGAACAAAAAUUAGUUUCUGAUGUGUGUAGUGUUGCAGUGAAUUUUGUACCUGUUCAAAUCUUCAAUCAUAGUAUUUUCCUGCAACAUUGUAAGAAACACCUAUGCGUUUCCAAAACUAAUUAAAUUUUUGGAGGAUGAAAAUCCUUUUUUAUAAAUUUGACUCCGUAGUAUUUACGCAUUCAAAUUCAGUGCUAACUGGCAAAUUGUUUCGCAUUAUUUUGGCAUCCUUGACUAAAUUAUGUAGAGACGAUGUUGUCGAAAAUGAUGGUAAAAAAAUCGAAUGACUACUUCUCAUGUUGCGUACCAAUAACAAAUCCACGAAUGACACUGGGAUUUGUCUUCUUUGUAAUUGGCUCACUCAGCAUAGGUCAUCUGAACGCUGAUUGACGAAUGACGUCCUGUCCCCAUGCAGUUCAGUUAAGCAAUUUUUUCUUGCGUUCUUUUUAAAAGCUCUGCAUUUCUCAGGUAUUCUGUGAAGUGUAUGAUAGUUGAUUUAACACAAUUUUUUUGGGACAUACGCCAUUGUAACAUAAAUUCACAGAGAACAAGCCUAAAUAAGCUGAUGUCAAACAGAUGGACCCAAAGAAGAAACUAAACAGGUAUUGUUGGACAGCACGUCGACUACAGCACAGACGAACACUUAAAAUAUCAAGAGAGCACAAGAAUUCCAUGGAAGAAAUCUGUUCUAAUGCAAUAAAGCUGAAGAGUUUGCUUGUUUUAACGCGCUAAUCUCUGGGACUGCCAGUCAGCUUUUAAAAGAACAAUUUUUGUAUUUGAUAGCCCAGUUGUUGAGGAAGAGGUGCGAGUCUCCCGAGGAGACUUGCUCGGAAGCACUGUCUCGCGGCGUGGCCAGGAGAGGGAGUGCUUGUCGGGGCUGUGGCGGGGGGAAAGCGGGCGCUAAUCGACGCACCGUGUCGGCGUCGCGACGCCACACGGCGAGCCCGGUAUCAUCGUCCUGCACGUCCUCCUGUCCAUCGUAGUGGGCAGGGGGUGACGGUGGUGUCUAUGCUGGGAUGGGUAGCCUCAGUAUCUGGACAUAGCUCGAUCUCUAACACCUCUCCUGUUACGCGUACACGGCGUAUCCUUAUCCACGCCCGUGGGGGCCCCAGGCCGGCAGGGCCUAACGGCUAAGAGGACUGGGUCAACAAAUAAAAGGGGAGCAAUCCCUCAGACAGUCAUGUCCAUCGUAGUCGGAGUCGACGUGGUGAGCGACGACACAGCUCCGGUACUAGCCUGGACAGCUAGUAGAGGUUCGAUAUGCCUCCGCCGGACCACGGGUUCACUGGGUGAACCCGUGUGAUGUGGGAGAUCGGGAUAGGCGCCAGCAGUGCUGCUCAGGACACAGCCAACUGUCUGGUCAGCUGAGGGAGGUACGGGGCUGAGGCGGUGACUAUGCUGGGAUGGUGGCCCUAGCCGCUGGUCAUUGCCGAAGCUCUAAUACCUUCCCGAUCACAAAAGAAGGAGUGAUCCCUAGCAGUUCUGUUUAAAUUUACUGCUCUGGAAUGUAUAAACGAACUGGAAAUUUCUCACACCCUACCCUUAUAGGGCGCAUAUAUGGGGGGACUGGUGUAGGAUGCCGACAAAUAUGUUGGAACAAAUUUGUUCGUCGUACGUUCUCCGGCCUCCAGUUAUGGCUGGCACUGGUAGUAACCUGGGAGUACACGGCGGCUGGUGGCUGUUCGGUGACGUUGCAUGUUGAGAUGUGUUUCCUCAACCUCUCUGCGUAGCCGUCCAGUCAUUAGGACCAUGCCGCGUUUGAAUGGCGUAUUAUUCCAGGCUCUCGGGGCCAUGGUAUGUGUCGGGUACUUGUACCUCCACCUGCCAUGUAAAAGAUCCGUCAUUUCCUCAUUAUGUCUUUAAGGGAUCAGGUACCGUGAGAUUGACGUAAGCACAGCAAAUGUAGACUGAGAAAAAUAGUACGUCGUACGAAACAACAAUUUUGGAAACUAGUCGCCGUUAUAUAUUAACAUUAUUAGGGAAAAAAACGUUCUACACUUCCGAACACAAUUCUGCACCAAAUACACAGUUCAUUCAAGCCGUUAUAGCGUUUAGGUUUUUAAUAUGCUACGCCUGUGCCCUAACCGUAUUGCUAGUGCACGAUUGGACACGGGCCAGUCCCUUAUUUUUAGGGAGCAGAUUUUUGGGUCAUAUCCGUGGCCGAUCUGUUGGGCAUUAUCGGAUUCCUGUGCUAUUUUCACCCACGCGUCAUUUUCUCGGAAAUGUGAAAUAGCUAAAAGAAUAAAUAAGCUUCCAGAUUCUCGCGCAAGUGCACAUGAAACAUAAUUGAAGCGGUCUGAAGUAUUCAAAUGAUAUUUUUUUUAUUGGUCGGUAGGGAAUAGUAGGAAGCAAACAGUUUCCAAACGAACUGCGCCAUCAUUUAACUGAAAUAGAAAUACUGAGAUUUUCAAAGAAUAAAAAUUAAAAAUAACAGGAAAUACAGCUAAUAUCAUUCGCAACGAGAUACAUAGGAAAUAAAAUAUUAAAACCAUAUUUUAAAGUCUUUUUAAAGGUUUUGUACGCAUAGGUAUUACACUUUUUGGGUGUAACUCUUUUAUAAAGUUUACUAAGGUUGGUUUUGACUAAACGGCUUUGUAAAACGAACAUAACACUUGUCUUUCUGUAGUUUAAUUUAAUAAAUGGACUUAGCAAUAAAUAUUUCAAACAUUGCAAAGUAUCACGCUUAUUAUCAUCUUCAAAAAAUGAUAUAAUUUUGGUGUAUUCUAAAAUAUUAUCUCAUAUAAGUUAAUUUAAAACAGACCUGAUAAAAUCGUAAUGAUCUUACAAAAAAUGUCGACGAUUUAUAGAUCUAGGAAUGGGAGCUAUCCCAGCAUCCAAACGAAUUGUUAUUCGGGUCUCUAAGUGACUUAUUUUCUAAGUGACUAUUUUCUCUUGAAUGAGACCGUUGGACAGGGCUGGAGAUAAACAGUACGAAACCCUAGCACGCCAGUCUUUUCUACGUUCGCAACGUGAGGACCCGAAUGGGAUCGAACCUAAAGGGUCGGGGUCAAGCCUUCUCUCCGUUAAGUCCCCAGAUGGGACUUUGUCCCACCGAUGCAACGAGACAGUUAAAAAUGGAGAGUCGUGGUGUCACCAUGCAUAAUUAUGACGGGAGUUUAGAUCAUACAAAUACGUCUCAGAGCACUAGUACAUGCCCUUAUAUGCCAAAAGGCUCCGGAAGUAUGUACGCAAAUUUGCGCACUACCCAGAAAUAAAAUAAAAUAACAUUUUCAGAUACCUUCUUAGUGCCUUGAAGUUAUUUAUAAAAGUAAAAUAUGACUUACAAAAGUGUAAAUACAGUUUGCCAAAACGUAAUAUAAAAAUAAAUAAGUCACUAGUAGAAAUUUUACAUGCUUUGCGCGCCAUUGCGUAAAUAGUGCCAUGAAUACCAAUAAAAUUUUAACACCGAACAGUUUUUUCAAAUUAAAAAAUAUAGCAUCUUCCGAAAAUGUUACCAGUGUUUAUAAGUUUUGCUCCUCAAUAAAUAAGUUAAAUAUUAAGACAUAGUCACCUAGAAGUAAGUGAUUUCGAUAACGAAGUUAGUGCUUUAUACAACGAUAAUAAUUUUGUGAUACGCUUAGGAUAGUUAUUAGUACUUAAAGUAUUUGUGUGAUAUGUCAAAUUACUAUUUUAAGUCACGCAAACGGUCGUGUGUGUAUUAUUUCAAUAAAUUAUUGUUGCUGUCAGAAAUAGUAAUAGUCUUCAGAUAUAUACUUUUUUUUUUAAUUUUGAGGUGUGACUACAAAAAUAUGUAAAAUUUAUUCUUUAAAUAACUGUGAUAAAACUAAUUUAAAGCUUAUCAUUUAUGAAUUCCAUCAUAAAAAUUGGGCUGCUUGAAUGGUGUUUAAAUUUUUCAACGGUUACAAUGGUAAAAAUGACUAACAAUAUUGUUGACGCAACUUAGAGUGUACUUUAUUAUGUAAGAAUAAUAUUUUUAAGACAAUUAUUUAUCACUAAUUGAUAUUACUAUCAACGAAAAUAUUGUUUAAAAAAAGCAACGGGUACGUUCUGGAAUACUGUGCUCAAAACCUUCGUAAAUUUGCCACGCUUAAGUAAGCCAAGUUUGUGCAUACUUUUGUAAAAAGGUAUUCCAGUUAUUUAUUUACAUUUUAGAAUGAAAGGCCAGAUGCUUGUGCCAACUUGAAGUAGGCUUAGUUGUACGGAAAUACCGUCCGUAUAUUUAAUUCGUAUGUUUAAAAUACGGAAUCAAAUGUUGUGCAUUUAUUAUGCAUUUUACUUGCUGUGAGUAUUGUAAAUUAUGUUUAUGUGUUUAUGUAGCUGAAUAAUGUAUUAUAUUUGUGUUUGCCAAAUAAAAUAUUUUCAUUCGAAU